CGCUCUCAAACAUUAUGAGUAUAGUUAAUGAUGAUGGUUUCAUUAGUAUUUCCUCCGCCGAUGAAAUUGGCUCUAAUCACGAUCUCUUACUAGAAAUCCUAAUACGUUUACCCAUAAAGUCUCUUCUGCGAUUCAAAUCCGUCUCCAAACAAUGGCAAUCUGUAAUCUCAGAUCAGCGAUUUGCCCGCCGCUGGCGACCCACAUCCUCCUCACCUUCAGGCCUAUUUUUUCACUGGUUUUUAAGCGUUUAUGUAUCUCUCCCACAUAUUGAUUUCAUCCCUUUAGACAAUAAAAUUAACUCUUCUACUACAUAUCCUCCAAAUCUCCAAUUCUUCCCUUAUCUCUAUGGAGUCAAAUUCAUGAACUCCGCCAACGGUCUCCUUUGCUGUGUAGUUUGCAGCAAAUUAAAACCAAUUAAAGUAUUUUCAUAUCAUGUCAUAAAUCCAUCGACAAGGCAAUUCACUACUCUGCCUCAACCAUCACUGUCGACUAAUCUUCAUCUCCAUGGCUUGACGAUGGCUUUUGAUCCUGCAAAAUCGCCUCACUAUAAAUUGGUCAGCCUCCUUAGCGACAUCCUCGACUGCUCCUCCUCCUCGACUACAACCCAUUAUCAACUCGAGAUCUACUCAUCGGAAACGCAAUCAUGGAACGCCUCAAAUGAAACGUUCACCACGCCGCAGAGACACCCGAGUUUCCACCGGGGCGUUUACUGGAAUGGAGCGAUUCUGUGGUUCUCCAGCUAUGGCGACUCGGUCUUAUUCCAGAUUGAGGAAGAGCGAAUCUUUAGCAAUAAAAUCCCAGAACUGACAUUUGAGGAGGGAUUCUGGUACGACAGGCUUUUCUGCGUGGGGGAAUCAGACGGGCAUCUAUAUUUGGUCGUAACUUACUCGCCAAAAACGUCGGUAAAAGUGUAUGAGAUGGAAAGUGAUUUCUCAGCAGGAUGGGUGAUGAAAUACAGUGUCGAUCUUUUUGAAGUCGGAAAAGCGUUCCCUCUGAUGUUGGAGAGCCUGCCGCGAAGUGUCUCCUUCCAAAUUCUCUCUAUGGUAUGGAAGAAGGAUGAUCAGAGUAACGGGGAUCAGGGCAAGACGACGCCUUUUCUGGUGAUGACUAUACCUGAGAAGUACUUGAUAAGGGUGAAUCUUGAUGAGGAGAAUAGUUUCAUGGAGAUGUGUGAUGUUGAUAUUCAUGGAGAGUAUUGUGAACGAGAAGAGGUGUAUCACGAAUGCAAUUAUAGAUUCUUCUGUGCAGAUACUCAUCAUUACAUUCAAUGCCUUUUUAGUACUGACCCAUGAUUUAUAUGAUCAUCAUUAUCAUCUAAAAUCGUUAAUUUGG